AUGUAUGCCAUACUAUAUUCUAAAACACGCACCCAAGAGAACUGCGAUUUAAAGAAAAAGUACAGAAACAUCGCUAACAAAGAACGGAGAAAGGCAAUGCGAGUAUACUGGGUGAUAAAGUCUGACGAGUUAAAGAACAAACCAACUGCAUUUUAUAAUUCCUGUCAAACCAUUUACCAGUGAAAACCGCAAAGAACUGACAGCAAUAAGUUUAAGAACAAAUGAAGGAGUGAUAAUAAAGAACCAACUUGUGAUUGCAGAAACUCUGGCUGACUAUUUCUCGACUGCAGCAAUUAAUAUAGGAGGUAAUCAUGUUAAAGACCUUGUGCAAAGUCACCAUUGUAAUCACAUUAGUGUCACGUCUAUGGUAAACAAGGAUUACAAAAACAUUGAAAUACAGAUAGAUGUUCAGAUAAUUAUAAAUACUAACCAUAUUAGACUGCUGGGUGUAGAUAUUGACGAAAGUAUUAACUUUACCUAUCAUAUUAGUGAACUUUGUAAGAAGACCAGCCGAAAAGUCGGGGUUCUAAUGCGACUGCGUAAUCUUAUUCCAGGCUCAGCUAUAUUAACAAUCUAUAAGUCAUCUAUUCUCCCAUACCUCACAUACUGUCACGUGGUAUGGCAUUUUUGUAAGGCCUCUGAUAGUAGAAAGGUAGAGCGCAUUCAAGAACGAAAACUAAAAAGAAGUAUGUAGAAGCAAGUCGGAAUCAUAUGACACGCUUAAGAAAUCGCAGAUUACAAAAUAUUGCAAGUAUAAAGUAAAAAAUAUAUGUAUAAAGUAAAAAAUAUAUGUAUAUAUGUAUAAAGUAAAAAAUCAUGCAAUUGGCACCAUAUCGUGCAGCUGAAAUCUUCCGGGUUAAAAAAAGGACGGUAUUCAAGGCGAAACAGUGUUUUUGAUAUACCCAGAUUCCAAUCAGUUGCUUUUGGUAUGCAUUCGCUAUGUUACUUUAGCCCAGUACUGUUCAAAGUUGGAUAGCUAUAUUAAAAGAUUAUCCAGCCUUGCGAUAUUUAAGAACAUGAUUCGCAAAUUAGACACUUUGAAAUAUUAUCACAAUUUAAAAAAUUAAAACUUGUUCUGGAUAUUUUUUUAGAAAGCUUCAUGAUCGAGAUAAUUUAAAUUUUUGUCUUUGUUUUUUAGAUUAAGUUUAUAAUAGACUGCGCGAUUGCACUAUUAAGUGUAGUAGUGUAGACUUGUAAACAAGUAUAUCUGCUUUUCGUCUCGUAUUUUUCAGAGGUGAUUUCGUUUUAAUUUUACUGUCUAGAUUGUGUAGACUUGUAUACAGUACGUCUGCUUCUCGUUUUGUAUUCUUCAGAAGUCGUUUUAUUUUAAUUUUAUUGUCUGGACUAAAGUUGGAGUAUUGUGCGGAUAAAGGAAAUGUGAUCAUGAUCAAAAUAAGUGAUGCUUGGAACAUAAAUAAAUUAAUAAAUUUCUAUAAAUUUCUUGCAGAGAAAGCAGGUGUCAAUUUUCCCGCCUCUUUUGUUAGUAGAAGAGCAACAUUUAGAGAUAAGCUGCUGCAAAUUGUUGGGGACGUUGUAGAAUGUGUACAGUCGUUUGUGAGGGGGCCAUCUAAUCCAAACACCCUUCUUAUUCCCAAAUUGCCAAUGUUGCUACAUCUCAGCUAUGCAGUGAAAAAUUAGCAGUUGACGACGACUUGCUUACUAUGCCUGCGUUUCAAUGCAGUGACGAUAUUUUUCUGUCCCUUGGCCAUGUUGCGUUUAAGAUACGCGUUGAUUUAAGAGGCAAGCCAGGUUUUGAAGAACUUGAUGGACGCCUAAGCAUGUUGGAAUCGGAAGCACGCUGCAUUAAUUUACCAGAUCAAAAGAUCUUGUUAAUCUUUUCCACAAAGCCGGCCAUAUUCUAAGUUAUGACCAGAGAAGAUACCCGUUUCGCAGAAAGUGUUUUAAUCUCGUUGGAUCCAAAUACUGGCACUAUAGUUCCACUCAAUUUAAAGCAGGGUAAUUUUAUCCAUUUCUUGGCGGAUAACAUUGACAUACUAGAUGAAACUAUGGAUGGCAAGAAUACGUUUCAUCUCACACAAAUAACAUCAUGGCAUCGCGCAGUUACUGAACGGUGUUGGACCAUCGAAGAAACGAAUCCUCGAUGUUCCUGAAUCAAUAGAUAGAGUCGAUCCAGUGUCUCUGGUGUUUAUCAAGGCAGUGAAGACAACGUGGUUUAACUCUAUUGAAGAAGAUGAAGAGAAACGCACAUUAGAAGCUACAGAUUUAGCAUUUCACGUACUUAGAUGGAAUGUCGUGAUAAAGAGUGGUUGUACCACAUUUAACAAGUUCAUAUGUCCCUCUCAGCAAGCAAAUGUAACAAAAACAGGAUAUAUGCCAAUUUGCGGCAAGCACCAGCACAGAAAUUCGACGCACUUAAUGCAGUUGUUAAAAGGUGUAUGCUCGUCUCUAGCAAGCUUGGUCAAUGCUACACGGUAA